GGUGAGCACAUUUGAACUCCAAAUUAUCCAUGAGAUCAAGACUUCAAAAGAAAACCCAAAAGGUUGGAACUGUCCAUUCCAUUUCAGAUAGACCAUCCGGGGAGUUGAGUAUUCAUCCUCUCAAUCUGCUGCAAAAUGGAAUGUGCUCUCGUUUCAGCCUCAGCAAUUCUCCCUCUAACUAAAGAUGUUGGUGUAGUCUCAAUGACAUGUCAGAGCUCAUUAUUUGGUAAUUCAUAUAAUGGUUUUAUUGUGAGAAGAAAUUUAAGUUCAGCUGGCAUAAGAAGCCCUCUCACUGUCACCUCAGUGUUCAGGAGGAAAACCAAGAAGCAGACCAUUGUGCCUGACCCAGAUUAUCGUAUCCCGGUUGUGCUUCUAGGUACAGCUGGCUGUUUGAUAUAUACAAAUAAUUUACUAGCAGCUGCUCCUGCAGGUCUUCUUGGAUUACUCUUGUUAUUCCAGAUGGAAAUGGUUUUUCCAUAUGCAGACAACAAGAGUUAGAUUCGUCUUUGAUGAUGAGGCUCUGGAGGUUAAAGUGGGGAGGCAGCUAGAGGAGUCUGGCGAAAAUGUUUUUGUAGGUGGAAAGAACCGCUGGAAAUACUCGUCGUUUGUGAAUUGGGAGCUUUGGUGGCCAAACUUCCCCGUUUUAGUUUAUUUCAAAGAGAGACAGACUAAGCCUGAAGGCCAAGUGCACUUUUUCCCUGUAAUCUUUAACGGAAAGCAGCUCUACAAUGUAAUGGUCGAAAGAUGUGGCAUUUCUAAGACUAGCGGCCCCAAAUAGGCAGUACGAGUUCUAAGAACACUUGGGACAAGGAAGGGGAGGACACGUGCUUGGAGAAAUCGUUGAUCCAUAUAAUUCUGUGCCAACGAACUAUGAUGGUUCAUGCAUUCCACCAUAAACAAAACUGUUCAGCCAAAUGUGUAUGUGUGUUACAAUAUGGUGUAAAUUUUAUUUUGCUGGAUGUUAUCAAUUUAAUUGGCAUAUUGUCAGGACAUGAGAAAUGUUGUUGUUAUUGUUAGUCAGGACAUGAGAAAUGUUGUUAUUGUUAUAUUGUCAGGACUUGAGAAAAUGGUUUCAUUACAUAAUAUGCAACUAAUGGCCAUUCUGUUUCUCCAUG